GUAUUCGUUCAUAUGAUUGAGAACAUGAGAACUAACGUUCUGCUGCUGCCGCGAUCGUACAAAACCAGUCACGAUAGCGGAUGCUCUUCAGUCACACUAAUGUCGUAAGAAUAUUACGAUUGGAAUUUCAUUUCUGCAAAUAAACUGUGUGUUUUCAGUGAUUUCAGUUUUGAAUAAAUAAAAUUCUAGAAACAAUUUAAAUAAAAUAGUAAAGUGAUACUGAUUAUCUGUAAAAAAAAAAUCGUUAAAAAAUGGAUUCAGGAGCCAACAGCGAGGAAAAAGAUCAAAAUGCGAAAAAAUGCGGCGCAUUUCAGCGAUUUUUAUCACAGUUUCUGGCGACAACCAUUGAAAGUGUUCUACUGAUCGGUUGCGGGUUUUGUAUGGUAUUUGCGAGUAUCAUAAUUCCCGCACUGACGGGAAUCCCAAACAAACACAAUCUAAAUGAAUCACUUUCACUCACUCCAUCACAAGCGUCUUGGUUAGGUAGCGUUGGAUUUAUAUGUGCGCCAAUCGGAUCGAUUUUGUCAACGUUUCUUGCAGACCCUCUCGGACCAAAAAGAACAAUGAUGAUUGUAAAUUUGGUGCUAGCAAUUGGCUGGUUCAUAAUGCAGCAAGCAAGUAGCGUUUCUCAAAUAUUCGUGGCUGCCAUUCUAAUUGGACUUGGGCUGGGUUUAAUGGUUUCACCUGUUGUUCGAUACGUUGGUGAGAUUUGCGAGCCAGCAUACCGUGGCGUAUUAAUAGCGUACGUUAACGUGAGCGUAACCAUUGGAAUGCUGCUGGUCUUUGUUCUAAACACAUUGAUGUCCUGGCGAACAGUUGCGUUAGUCAGUUUGUGUUUGCCGAUUCUCACGACCAUCGCCCUUAUUUUCGUUCCAGAAUCCCCAUUAUGGCUUCUAUCAAAGAAUCGAAUUUCGGACGCCUUUUCAGCUUUAUGUUGGCUUCGAGGUUGGGUUGAAACGCAGAAAGCGCAAGAAGUUGCCGAAGAAUUCGAAGCUCUUCAAAAUUACAGCAAACGAUCGAGAUCGUGUAAUGAUUGUAUCAAGCGAGAUCUGAAUUGUACGCAUCCAUUGCCGACAAUCGUUGAGAAACUGAAAGAAUUGAAACGAAAACAAGUGCUCAAACCACUGUUUAUCGUGUUUUCAAUGUUUAUCAUUGCCGAAUUUUCGGGCAUGACUGGAAUGACGCCUUUCAUUGUGCGGAUAUUUGUUGCAUACGAUAGCCCGAUUUCACCUGAUCGUGCGGCAGCUAUUCAAAGUUUUGUCAACACUGCAGCAAACAUUCUCGUCUUAUUUCUGAUCAAAUUUACCGGCAAACGGAAGCUGUACAUAUUUGUGUUGCUGGUAGCGUUCUUGUGCACCGGAAUCAUUUCUAUUUAUGGUUUUAUUAUUCUGCCGAACGAUUACAAUUCAUUUGAUCUAUCGAAAUUAUUUUCACCCGAAAAUAAGCAGCUCGCAUUCAUUCCGUUUGUUUGUCUCAUCGUAUGGGGUUUCUGCGCCGGCUGCGGUGUCAACUCAAUGCCAUGGCAAUUUGUUUCUGAAGUUUACCCGUCAAAAGCACGUGGAGCAGCUGUCAGUUUAUCAGCAGCUUUUGACUAUUUGCUUUAUUUUGUGAGCACAAAAUCGUAUUACAAUUUAGAAACGUCAUUAUCGAUGCCGGGAGUUGCAUUGUUUAACUGCAUCAUUAUUGGUUGCGGUUUGAUUUUGAUGUAUAACAUUUUACCCGAAACGGAAAAUCGUACGCUGGAAGACAUUGAGCUGCAUUUUUCGGACAAUUCCAAGAAACUCACCGAUCGUAAAAUCGCCCAGACUCGCUCGGCAUCAGAAGAAAGAUUAUGAUUUAGCAAAAUGAAACAUGGGAUGAAGUAGAAUUGGUUGAAGUUGAGUUGCCAAAAUUAAAAUCAAUGAAAACAACCAAGUCUUUGGUCUUUGAAUCGAGAUUGAGUUUUUCAAUAAAAAACACUAAAAUUAAAAAGAUAAUA